CAGUUGGCGCCUGCAUGGUGACGCUGGCGGCUGCUCCGACCCUUAUUCUACUUUCUAACCUACGACCUUCCUCAUAUUUCCAUUUUCUUUCUUUUGUCUUUGUUCCCUCUCUCUCUCUCUCUCUCUCUUCUGUUGUGUAUUCUACCCGCAUGUUGUGCUUCUUCCUCACUGUGUCGUGCGUGAGGCCAUCCGGUAGCUGCUCAUAUCAGGGAUUGUCGUUAGCGGGUUGUAUGUGCAAGACUAUAUCCAUUUGAGGCAUGGGAGUGCAUAGCCUACUGCGGUACUACCUGGGGCCGCCCGUGAUGGUGGUGACGACGACCGUGGGCGUCCAGUACCUGGCGCUGGUGGGCGGCGACGGUGUCAACAGAUGGAGCUUGGUGGGGAACACGCACUCCUGGACCGUCGUGGCUGUUACGGUCCUCUGGGCGCUUCUCUCGCUAUGGGUGCCAGGCAAGGUGUUCCACGGCCCUCAGACCAGCUUUGGCUACACACCAAAGUACAGGGCCAACGGCUUCCAGUUCUUCUGGGUGUCGCUGGCCGCCUUCCUCAGCCUCGUCGUCUUUUAUCCAAACGUCCCCUGCGAUCUGGUUGACAAUUUUCAAAAUAUCCUUGCAUCGUGCAAUAUUUUGGCUUUUGUGUUGUGCAUCUUCCUGUUGGUAAAGGGGAAGAUGUGGCCAGAGUCGACAGAGGUGAUUGAGCCAAAGCCGCUUGUGUACGAAUUCUACCGCGGGAUGGAGCUGCACCCAAGACUACUCGGUGUUGACGUAAAGCAGCUGACCAAUUGCAGGUUUGGCCUCCUCGCCUGGGAGCUACUGGUAGUUGCCUUCUUCCUGGCGGGCUGGGAGAGGAAUGGUUUCAAUAUAGCUCACUUCGUAUGUGCCGCCCUUCAGACCAUCUAUCUGGCAAAAUUUUACUGGUGGGAAACUGGCUACUUCAACACCUUGGAUAUAAUCCUGGACCGUGCUGGUUACUACAUCUGCUGGGGGUGUUUGGUGUUCGUGCCUUCCCUUUACACCUACACUUCCUACUACCUCGUGGCUCACCCGCCUCUGGUAUCAGCGGAAGCUGCAAUGUUCUUUUUUGUGUUGGGUCUGUGCGCGAUAUUGUGGAACUAUCGCAUUGACUGGGAGAAGGAGUACUUCCGCGCCCACGACGGAAAGUGUAACCUCUGGGGUAGGCCCGCUACCUACAUAGACGCUGAGUACAAGAGUACCAUCGGCCCCAAGCGCUCGAAGCUGCUCACAUCAGGGUGUUGGGGUGUGGCGAGACACCUCAACUACACGCUCGAACUAGUGCUUGCCUUGGCCUGGUGCCUGCCGGGGCUAGGCUACUCCUUCUGGCCCUUCCUGUAUGUGAUCUUCCUGACGGUUCUCCUCGUCCACAGGGUCUUCAGAGACGAGGAGAAGUGCAGGGAUAAGUAUGGCGCCGCCUGGGACAAGUAUUGUAAGGAGGUUCCCUAUCGCAUGAUUCCCGGAGUCUUUUAAUGAACUGGAGAUCUUGUUCACUCUUCGUAAUGUUUUUUCAAAGAAUUUCUUGCCUAAAUGUUAAUUUGUAUAUACCGUUUUGUAUCGGCAGAGUCGGUGUGCGUGUCUUAACUAUUUUGUAUGUUAAAGUAGUUUUUGUAUACGAAAAUAAAAGUUUACAAUUG